AUGUUAGACGGAAGAUUAUUCGUCAUUUUCACAAAAAUAUUGACAACAGAACAACUUGUACAAAUAAUUGAAUCACGAGUUCCCACAAAACAUAAUUUGGAUCUAGGAGAUAAUUUAGAGACACCAACCAAUGAUAAUUCUUUGAAAUAUAUUCAAAUUACACCCACAAAAUCAGACAAUUUAGCCAUACCACAACCAGAAGAAACGACCUCUUCCACGUUAACAGACAGCGAGAAAUCCUCAAUUAAUAGCAUUCUUAAAGCAAUUCAGCAUGAAACACCGAUCGACAAGAUGGAUGAUGCCAUAGAAGAGAUUGGCGGAGGAGAUGAAAUUGUACCACUCAAAGAUCCACUUUCCUUAUGCAGAAUUGAAAUACCGGCAAAAGGAAAAUAUUGUGUACACAAGUCAUGCUUUGAUUUGGCUGGAUAUUUAGAUUUUGGCAAGACCUCAAAGACGUACAAUUGUCCAAGAUGUGAUAAACCUCUUCCAUUUUCAGAGUUAAUCAUAGAUCGUCAUAUGCAAAAGAUACUCAAUGAAGUGGGAGACAAUGUGGAAAAAGUGCUUGUCAAAGACGACGGUAGCUUCACCAUUUGUGAGGAUGCUCCCAAGAAGAAAAUAUCAAAUGUUGCCAUUGCCAAUAUAGCACAAGUUAUUGCAGAAAUAGAUGAAGAAGAAGGAAGCAAGUCUCCACCUUUUCUGUCAUUUGGUACUUCCUCUGUUGCCUCAUCGCCUCCUUUUUCCUCCACUCCACCAAGCCAUGGUUUGUCAAGCAACAACAACACGUCAACAAAUUCUUCCUUGAAUUCCAAUCGAUUAUCUACAGGUUUUACCAUCGAUGACGCUAUUGAGAUUGACUAG